GGAGAGCGGAUAUUGUGAAUGCGGGGUCCGGGGAGAGCGGAUAUAGUGAAUGCGGGGUCCGGGGAGAGCAGAUACAGUGAAUGCGGGGUCCGGGGAGACCGGAUAUAGUGAAUGCAGGGUCCGGGGAGAGCGGAUACAGUGAAUGCGGGGUCCGGGGAGAGCGGAUAUAGUGAAUGCGGGGUCCUGGGAGAGCGGAUCUAGUGAAUGCGGGGUCCGGGGAGAGCGGAUAUAGUGAAUGCGGGGUCCGGGGGGACAGAUAUAGUGAAUGCGGGGGAUUCCCUGACUUUGGAGGGAUUUCUUCCCGCUUCCUGUUGUGGCUAUGGGACAGGAAG